GCCACUGCUUGCCUCCAGUGUGAGCUGUAGUUUGGGAAGAUUUAAGAGGCCAGGGAGGUGCUUGCGUGGGUUUUAACGAACCCAAAACGGUCAUUAAUGUCUCUCUAAGCUCUGCGAUGGUUCAGGCAAGGCGCAGCCUUAGCCUCGGUGCGUUUUCACGGGGACAUGACGAGGGGCUUGUCCUUCCAGAGAGGGACCAUCCUCCCGGACCUCCCUGGAGUUGCGGGCCGAGUGCCCGAACUGCUAAGGGUGCCCUGAGCGCCUGCAUCUGUGUGCAAAAUGGGAACUCCCAGCUGGUGGCAAUCUGGAGGGGACAUAACCAGCUCCAGGGGGCUCCUGGGAAAUUUACAUAAUUUCCCCACAGGUGUUCGGAGAAGGACUUUGCACCCUUGAGGGUCACCCAGCCAACUUUGAAGCUACUCUUUUCAACCCUGCCUUUGAGUACAUCGAUGACCUCCUAGCCAGCCACCCAGGGAUGGAGGGCUUCAUGGACUCAGGGACACAGACAGAUGCCGUGGUGGUGCUGUCCUUGGCUCAGGCUGCCGUGCUGGGCCUGGUCUCGGAAAAUGAGCUCUUUGGAGCCACCAUAAGCGCUGAAGCCUUCUACCCAGACCUAGGCCCCGAGCUGUCCGGGGCUUCCAUGGGGGAGCCUGGUCCCCCGGGCCCUGACGUCUACCAGCUGGCCUGCAAUGGACGGGCCCUGGAGGAGCCGGCCGAGGAGGAGGUGCUGGAGGUGGAGGCGGCCUUCGAGAAGCACACCCGGCGGAAGACACGGCCCCCUGUGCGGCUGGUGCCCAAGGUCAAGUUUGAGAAGGUGGAGGAGGAGGAGCAGGAGGUCUACGAGGUGUCGGUGCCUGGCGGCGACAAGGAUGCAGGCCCAGCGGAGGCCCCCGCUGAGGUGGGUGGCGGUGGCUGCGAGUCCCUGGUGCAGAGCAGCGCGGUCAAGAUGAUCGACCUCAGCGCCUUCAGCCGCAAGCCCCGGACGCUGCGGCCCCUUCCCCGAGCCCCUCGGCCAGAGCUGGACGUGGCCCCCUACGACCCCCACUUCCACGACCCAGCCCAGGAUGGCUUCCCAGAGCCCAGCAUGGCACUGCCCGGGCCUGAAGCCUUGCCCGCAGAGUGCGGUUUCGAGCCGCCCCACCUGGCCCCCCUGAGCGACCCGGAGCCCCCCGCCUUAGAGUCCCCGGAGCCCGUGAAGCCGGAGCAGGGCUUCGUGUGGCAGGAGGCGGGCGAGUUCGAGGCGGACGCGGCGGGCUCCACGGUGGAGCGCCACAAGAAGGCCCAGCUGGACCGGCUGGACAUCAACGUGCAGAUCGACGACUCCUACCUGGUGGAGGCGGGCGACCGCCAGAAACGCUGGCAGUGCCGCAUGUGCGAGAAGUCCUACACGUCCAAGUACAACCUGGUGACGCACAUCCUGGGCCACAACGGCAUCAAGCCGCACUCCUGCCCGCACUGCAGCAAGCUCUUCAAGCAGCCCAGCCACCUGCAGACGCACCUGCUGACGCACCAGGGCACCCGGCCCCACAAGUGCCAGGUGUGCCACAAGGCCUUCACGCAGACCAGCCACCUCAAGCGUCACAUGCUGCUGCACUCGGAGGUCAAGCCCUACAGCUGCCACUUCUGCGGCCGCGGCUUCGCCUACCCCAGCGAGCUCAAGGCCCACGAGGUGAAGCACGAGAGCGGCCGCUGCCAUGUCUGCGUCGAGUGCGGCCUGGACUUCUCCACCCUGACCCAGCUCAAGCGACACCUGGCCUCCCACCAGGGCCCCACCCUCUACCAGUGCCUCGAGUGCGACAAGUCCUUCCACUACCGCAGCCAGCUGCAGAACCACAUGCUCAAGCACCAGAAUGUGCGGCCCUUCGUGUGCACCGAGUGUGGCAUGGAGUUCAGCCAGGUCCACCACCUCAAGCAACACUCACUCACCCACAAGGGCGUGAAGGAGUUCAAGUGCGAGGUGUGUGGCCGGGAGUUCACGCUGCAGGCCAACAUGAAGCGGCACAUGCUGAUCCACACCAGUGUCCGGCCCUACCAGUGCCACAUCUGCUUCAAGACCUUCGUGCAGAAGCAGACUCUCAAGACCCACAUGAUUGUACACUCACCGGUGAAGCCAUUCAAAUGCAAGGUGUGUGGGAAGUCCUUCAACCGCAUGUACAACCUGCUGGGCCACAUGCACCUGCACGCGGGCAGCAAGCCCUUCAAGUGCCCCUACUGCUCCAGCAAGUUUAACCUCAAGGGCAACCUGAGCCGGCACAUGAAGGUCAAGCACGGCGUCAUGGACAUUGGCCUGGACAGCCAAGACCCCAUGAUGGAGCUGACGGGCACCGACCCCUCCGAGCUUGACGGCCAGCAGGAGAUGGAGGACUUCGAGGAGAAUGCCUACACCUACGCAGGCGUGGACGGCAGCGCCGAGGCCAGUGUCCUCACCGAACAGGCCAUGAAGGAGAUGGCCUACUACAAUGUGCUAUAGCAACGCCGGGCCGCCCAGACCGGGUGAGGAGGGCCUGGGCGUGGGGGUGAGACCCGCGGGCUGCGGGCUGCGCUCCUGCAGCCGAGGAACAAGCUACUGCCCCACUGUCCUGAGCCCUCCCCUCCCCCCAAAUCGUUUGCACCACUAGGGACUUUUAGACCAAAUGGACUGUACCACUGGCCUCAGCUGUGAACCGGGCCCAGGCCCCAGGCAUCGGGGGAGGAAGGGUGACACACAGGCCAGGUCUGCAUCUCCUCUGCCUGCUGCUGUGGGAGGGUGGGGGCAAUGCUGAUGGGGGCCGUUUAGGGACAGGUCACAAGGGCACAGGUUCUCAGGUGUCUCCAGGCCCAGCAGAGCUGGGGCAGCCAGUGUGGGCAGGGCCACGCCGAUGGCCCUCAGGGGUCCUGACACUGGAGGAAGAGAUCUCCUGAGCCAGGCAUUGUUUCUCCUUUGCCUGCUUGAGGGAUGUCGGAGCUCCCACACUGGUCGGCACUGCCCACCCCCACCCCCACCAGCCCCUGGGCCGUCUUCCCCACCCUGUCUGUGGACAGCCAGGCAGGGCCUCUGCCCUCUACCUCCUGGUGCCUCCCGAGCUCUCCUGGAGCCAGGUGUGCAGGUGGCCCCCAACCUGGCCGGCUGGACAGCAGGGUGCAGCCCGGCCCCCAGCUAACGCCUUCUCUAGCCACCCCCCAGAAGGCCCCCAUCUUACAGCCCCUAAGGUGGAUUUCAGCAACUGUCAUCCAAUUCUCUGUUGAGCUGGGGCACCACACCAGGGUCCCCAGUGUGAAGAAAGCCAGGACACACACUAACAAAGACAGAUGGAGGCCCCUCGAGCGAGGGGUCAGGGCACAGUGAGACAGAUCACUGGGGACCCAAGGGAACUGUCCUGUGGGGGGAGGGGCUGGGACAUGUUUCUUAUUUAAGGAAUAACAAGUAUCCAUUCUGAGGACGGGGACAGUCGAGUCAGCAGGCGCCCAGGAAGAGCAGCAUUUAAAAAGGAAAAUGAAGACCAUAGAGAGAAAAAAAAAGUUGGUUUUUUUUUUAAAGCAAAUGGGGGUAUUUGGAAGAUAAUUUAUUCUUAUUUUUUCCUUUCCAACUGUGUCACCUAUUACGUUUUCUGAUGGAGAUCAUUUUUUUUUCCCAACGGAAGCUUGCUGUGCGCUGUGUGCCCCCCAAGCUAGAGCAGCCUGGCCCCCGGGACGCGGGCUCGGAGCCGUGGCUCUGGCCAUGGAAGCCCAGCUGCAGGCAAGAAGCCUCGAGGCGGGCGAGGCCGGAGAGGCGCGGUGUGGCAGGCCCUCCACCCCGGCCAGCCCCUGGCCAGUGACUCGCGCUCUCUGCACCACCCACCAGAGGCCGGCCAGCAGCUCCCUCGCUCAGCAGCCGCUCACCACCUCUGUCCCCUCCCGGCUCCUGCCCCUGGCACCGAAGGCUUCAUGCCCAGGGCAAGGAAACAGCGGGUUCAGGAACGCUAGGGCACCCCGACUCCUGCUUCCUGGCCUCGGAGGCCUCAGUGGGGAGGGGCAGGCAGGGCUGUCCCCAAAGGCACGGAAGGAGGUGAAGCCACCAACUUCGGCCCAGAAACCGCGUGGGGGGGGGAGCAGCCGGGGGUGGGGGAUCACUUUGAAAUGCAGCUCCCCCAAGGCUGUAUCCUUAGUGAAGGACCAGUCCAGGCCUCAGGGCGGCUGUGAUCGGGACUGAGGGGAGGACAAGGUGGCCUCGGGACCAGGCAGCCGGGUGCUCCUUCCUUCUCGGCUAGAGCUCAUACUAAGCAACAAAUGAGAGGGCUGGGGCCCACCGGAGCCUCUCCCGAGUGCGGCUCUCCAGACCACGAGGCCCGCCUAGCCUCCCCGGUGCCCGCCCUGUGACCCUCAGGUGGCAGUGACCCCGUCACUGUGGAAGACAUUUUUCUCCUGCUGAGCAGAUGCAUCAUCCCCUGCAAACUACCUCUUCCCACAACGUCUUUCUCCCCUGGUACCAAAAAGAAUCCUGUACCUCCUCCUCCUCCUCUCUCCCGCCGGCGCAGUGGCCUUGGUCUUGGAAACCCCCAGGAGAAGCCUGGGCCCCAGGGUGGGCUCUCCUUUCUCCCCCAGCCCCACCGUCACACCGGCCCUCUGCGAGGUUCGAUACUUGAACGCCCCUGCCCUGUGCCUUGGACCCGGGCGAAGCUGAGAGAAGGGGACAGCACGGCUCACAACUUGCGCUGGGGUGGGGGGUGGUCUUGGCAAGGCUCCCAUCCUCACCCCUUGCCACCACCCUUUGCAAAAGAGGUAUGUGGCCUCUCGGGUGACUUGGAAACUUCUGGAUGAAUUCCAUUCUAACUUAUUUUGACGUGUAUACAAACCAACUGUUGAGAAAUUCCACUUGUGCAAAACCCUACUGUGUUUUUAUGUUCCUGUUUAAAAGAGAAGUUUAC